AACUGCCUAAAAGUCUACCAAGCCCUCCACCUCCUAUCCAUCCGCUCCUUCAAAUGUGCAGCCUCCCUCUUCCUAGACGCCUUAUCAACAUUCACAGCCACUAAAUUACUGAGUUAUAAUGAUUUUGUUGGAUAUACAGUUAUUGCAGGGGUAUUGACCCUUGGAUAAGUCGAGUUGAAGAAAAAGUUGAUAACGGCAUCAGAAGUAACUCAAGUCCUUCCAGACCUACCCAUCCUAGGUGAACUCAUUAACAGUCUAUAUGAUUGUCACUAUGAUAAAAUUUUCAUUGCUCUCGCAACACUUGAACAAACCCAUCUCCUCCCCUCAUGCAUCCUCUCCCUGCACACAAAGUACUAUGUCCAUGAAAUGCAGAUCUUAGCAUAUGCUUAACUAUUGGAAAGUUAUUGGUCAUUGAUGCUUGAGAGUUUGGCAGUGGUGUUUGGGGUUGGAGUUGACUUUGUUGAUAGUGAACAAUCCUGAUUCAUAGCCCUCUCCUGGCUUCAUGUAUCCAUCAACAAAGUCCACAGAAUCGUAGAAACUAUGCAGGCCUCUCUAAAGAAUGUACAGUAUGAGAAAGUGGUCAAGGUGGGUGAUGUGCUUUUGAAUGAUGUGCAGCGGUUGAGUAAGGUUUUGUAUUAG